UUCUUUGCGGUAGGUGAAUUUGAUCAUCCAUUUUUGCACCAAAAACAGAGUCUCAUUAGAUUUUUUUUUGAUUUAGCAAUAGACCAUACCUGUUUUGUCUGCAGCAGCAUGGGUAAACCACAAGAUGUCACUAUCUAUAAAGAAGAAGUUGUGCUGUAUCCAGAAUUUUUGUAUGAGCCAAAAAGCAGUAGCAUCUGAUUACCCACUGAUUUACUAAAAGGAAGCAUAAGGAAGCCAGAAGGGAACUUACAGGUUCCACAACUGUUGUAAGUUGUAAGGCUACAGCAUCACCUGCCUCAUCACAAUAUUGCCCCAAAAGCAGCAGCAGAAGAGCAUAAAGGAAAGGAAAUUCAUGUACUAAUGUGCGUUCGUCAGGACCAGCAUGGACAGGAUUAAAAUUGGACACGAGACUUUGUUGCACAUCUGCAAGAUAAUGUAAUGCAAGAAACUGUUCUUCUUUUUGCAGGUUAAAAUUGUUUUUGUACUGAAAAGACAGUAUUUCCUCAUGUGCUACCUUUUCGUUCCCUGUCAAUUAUGCAAAGGCCUCAUCAGAGCAAAGGCAACACGUUUUAACAAUGAAGGUUGUUCAGCACAAUAUGCUCAGCUCCUAUUUUCAGAAGGCCAGUCCAGAUGGGGAUCUCUCAGGCUGUCUGUGCUGUUACAGGAAGCCAACACAAUCAGCAAGGCUCUCAACAAGCAAACCAUAUUCACAAGGUGUGAAACCGUGGCACAUGGUGACGAAGUGCCGUCUGUGAACGUCCGUGUCACUAACUCAAGACUGGGGAUUUCAACUGUGUGGAAUCUGCAGAAGUUUGAAGCCAGACUGGUGUCUAUGAGGGAGCUCUAUCAGGGAAAUUAUGAAGGAAGUGAAGAUGCGCUUUUCUGCGAUCCCUCCGAUACCUGGGAUACAGAGGUUCGAACACAGUCUCCAAAAAGCAGGCGGAGGAGUUCUUUAGGAAAGCAGCUAUCUGAAGAGCUAAUGGCAAAAGUCUUUCAGGACGGGCCUGUGGUAUUUGCUGGAUCUGUGACGGCGUGCAAGCAGCUGAUCAGCUGCGCUAUGGAGAGUCUGCAGAAGGACUGGGAGGUCAGCACCUUGGCUGACAAGGUCCUGUCGGACCUGCAGGCUAUACUGGAAUCCAUCGAGGUCAUUGCGAAAUCAUGCGACCACGUUCAUAAUAAAUUGUCUGGAACAGAUCUCCAGAAACAUUGCUUCACGGCAGCCACCAGCACGAGCAGCCUGGUGACGACCCUCCAAGUGGGGGGGGCUUGUAUCCCAGAAUUCACGGCACAAAACGCAGUCUUGGACGAAGUCACUGUGCAAAUCAGAUCGCUUGGAGAGAACCUCAUGCUCUUUCUCCACGGCUGGGAGAGCGACAUCAGGUCCGUGGUGGCCGAAACGAAAGACAAAAUUGUCCAGUCAUCUCUCUCGAUCUCCAAACAGCUGGGCAAGCUCGCGGUUCCCACGAGCCCUGGGGUCGGUUUUCCACAAGCAGCAAAAUGCGGUCCUCAGCAAGCUGAGCUCUUGGGUAAUACUCUCAAGGAGGCAUUCAUGCAAGGGGCAGACAGUAGCAUUGAAGCUCAAGUAGAUGCUGCUAUUUCUGAGCUAAAAGACUUACAGUCACGCAUUCAGAAGCUCCCUUCAAAUAAGGUUUCUGAAAAAGCCAAGAGCAUACUACUUUCUUACUUCAACUCUCUCGGGCUCAUCGUGGACAGAACUAAAGUACUGUGGGAUGAAAUUCAGUGCCUUAAAAACAAAACGUCUGAGAGUAUUCUGGUAAAUAUGGCUUUAUAUAAAAGUUUGAGUCUGGAGCUGAAUGGGCUUACCGCAACUGGGAAAAAUGUCUUCGGCAUGACAGUGGGAUGUUCAAAAGGAGAAGACGGAGGGCCCCAGACGUGGGAAGAGAUAGCCUUGGCUCCCCUCUCGGCUCAGACCCUUCUCGGCACCCUCCAGUCUGUGUGGGCCGCGGUCGGUGACGAAUCGGGGGACCCCGUGGUGGCCACCCGCUGGGCUACCCAGAACAAAGAGGCAGCUGGAGCUGCCAGAGAGCUCCAUUCUUCCACUGGGGAGUUAUUGAAGCUGCUGGAAAGGCAGAAGGGGGAGGCCGACUGCGCUGACGGAGGAGAGCGGUCACAGAGGUACAAAGGGCAGCUACCCACAACCCCCGGAGCGGAGCCUGGCACCCCGCCAUGGGGGAGGAGUGGGAGGUCGGUCCGCGAAGUCAUCGCCAGGCUGAAUUGUCAGUCGCUGACUGCGGAGAGCCGGAGGGCGCUGACCUGAAGCGCGUUAAGUCGUUCCAGGUCUUGUCGGUUUUUUGUGCCACCUGAAAGCACUUAAGUUACAAGCGGGCUAGAAUCUGUACACCGAAUUAAAAUUUGUCCUUAGGCUUUUUCACUGUUUGUACUAAAUGCACCGAAACGAGGUCUGUUGGAACAAAUGAAUUAACAGUGGUGCUGGGUAAAAUACGUAUUUAGUUGUUUUUUUUUCAAAUCGUGUUCUUCAAAUUCAAAUGGGAGUGUGCGAAAAGCAAUGAUAUGUUUUAGAUGGACGUAGAAACGCAUUUCUGUAUCUGUAGAGGAGACUCAUUUAUCUUUUUAAGCAACUUUUAUAAUAGAAAAUAAAGGUUUUCAAACUGA